UCAAAAUAUAUAAAACUCCUGACAAAAGUAAAAUGUGUAUUUAAUGCGAUUACUACUCCCUAAAUCUCUGGUGAAAUAUUUUUUCUAUGAAUGUUCUGUGUUCUCUUUGUGACAAGAGAAACACGUUCAGUAAAAUAUAACUGAUAAGAAAAAUUUCAAGAUAGCAUCUUGAGAUGAAGCUGACCUUGAGCUCUCAUAACCCUUUGUCACCCGACUAUUUGUGGAAUUCACCAUGCGAGUUUCUUUUGUCGUUAACAAUUUUCCAACAAAAAAAAAACUUCAUAAUUGUAAUUUUUCAGCCAGCCUUUUUUUCAAAAACACUUCUAGAAAUCACGUUAUGUCGGCUGCGAAGGAUCAGCAAGUAGUAGGAAACAUGGAUAUAAACGAUAUUCCACUAGAAGAUCUCAAAAAUCUAAACAUUAAAACGGACCAGAAAGAAGAUGAGGCUUUCAAGAAGCCAUUUCCGCCAAGUAUCUACAAACGACGCGCGUCAAAAGAUCAUUUGAUCAAACCUACCGAUUCUCCGUCCGGUCUACAUUUUGGACCGAUUGAAAACAGUGUUCCAAUAGCCUCAAAUAAUCCUUCAAAGCGUUCAAAGCAUGAGCCAUUUAAAUUCAACUUUCCACAAAAAAUGAUGGAGUACCAGAAGGACGUUCAAAAUGGUUCAUCAAACUAUGAGUAUUUCCACAGUCCUAUGGCAAAGAACUACGCCAGUGCCAAAAUUGGAGAGUCCAGCAGAGUUAUUCGGAAAAGUCCGCGAUUCUUGAGAGCUCAGCAGAAAGUGGAGGAUGAUGAGUGUAGCAGCGAUGAAUCAUUGGAUGAUUCCGAAACAAGCGAAGAGGAAGAUGUAGAUAGUGAUGGUGAAUGCGAUGAGGAGGUUCAAGCGGUUUUGGAUAGUCUGGAGAAGAAGAAAAUAACUGAUGGAAAUCCAAUUGAAGUUGAGCAGCAUAAAAAAAUGGACAAACCUCAAACGGAAACAGUAGAAAAUGAUAAUGGAAAUGUGAUAGACGUGACGGGUAUGCCUUACACCGUACUACAUGUUAAAGGAAGUGACACUGACCGUUUUGUGAUGUAUAAAGGAAGCCUGCAAAAAAUCAUUGCAGUCCAGACUGUUCGUCACGUUGAUUACCAAUACCAAAUCUACAUCAUAAACAAGAACAAGCCAAUAGAUAUUUUAUUUGGAGAAGUGAUUUUGUCGAGUACCUUAGGUCUUGGAGAAGAUGAAGCAACAAUGUCUCGUGAUGCACAGUUUGUCAAUUACGCCAGAAAUAUCGCUAGGAGAAAUCAUUUCUAUGAAGAUGGAGGGACUCUAACUGAAUUUGAUAAUCGAUUUUUGUUGGUUAAAAAAUCAAGAGUAUUAAACAAUGAUGACCGAACUUUCGUCAGAAAUGUUCCACGGGACUACAAAACCGAACCUCCCAUAAUAGAAGAAGUUCUUGAGCUCACCCGAAACUGCCCAGAGAAGCAUCCAAAAGCCCAUUUGUACCCACCAGCGUUCAGUUACGCGAUGAUCGAAUAUUCCGAAGAUCGUUUUUGGACCGAGCGAACAGUUGAUGUUCCUCCCGGAGUUCUUGUGCCCAAUGGACCACGUAGGCAGUAAUCAAAAUAUCAAAGUAUUCAGCAAAAUGUGGAAAUGUUUAAAUAGGAUCAUAUCAGACCAAAUCAAUUCCCUAUACUUCGGAUCAUUUUCAAUACCUCUCCACUUCAUGGUUGUCAUAGAUUUUCAUUUCACCAUUUUGUUUCUAACCGCUAGAUAAUAUAAUUUUACAUUAGUUUCCAAUUUCAGCAUGUUAUUUUCGCAGUUCCACCAAAAUUUCAUACUACUACUUGUUAUGGAUAUAACUGGCCUGAGUUCUUAAAAACUUAAUUAAUUUCAACUUUUUUUUCAAUAUCACCACUUUCUCAACAUUUUUAAAAACGCUUCAGGAAAAUCUCCUGUUCUGUGAAUAGUUAUGUUGUUCUUGUUACCUCAUUUAUAUUGUAAGCCCUUGUCUAAAAAUUGUGAUGUUGCAUUUUGCAGCCAAAAACAUUGGUCAGUAUCAAAUAAAUUUCUUAAAAAAGUAAUACAUCUUAUGGAACACAGGAUGUAUUUCAAUGAAUUUAUUACUUUA